CGGAGCCCGGACGGAGCCCGGGGCAGGAGCCGGAGCCCGGACGGAGCCCGGGGCAGGAGCCGAAGUCCGGGUAGGAGCGGAGCCGGGGCAGGAGCCGCAGCCUGGGACAGGAGCCGGGGCAGGAGCCGGAGGCGGAGGAGGAGCAGCGGGCACCGAGGAGCGUAGCCGAGGGCGGAGGGAUCCGAGCCUGCAGGGGGGCGGGGGAUCCGAGCAUGCCCGCCAGUCCAUCCGCUGCCCAACAUGAACCCCCAGAGCCGCCAUCCCCCGCCCCCGGCCCGGCCCCCCACCCCCUCCCGCGCUGCGCGACCAACGGAGUCCCGGCGGGGGGGGCGGGGCUGCGCGGGGAGCCCCCGUAUGACACCAUCCGGGCCCCCGGCCCCGGCCCCCGGCCCGGCCCCGGACCGCGGAACCCCUCCCCGGCGCCGCCCAGGAUGGACGAGCUGGCCAGCAGCCUCAUGGUCAUCCGCGUCGGCAUCCCGGACCUGCAGCAGACGAAAUGCCUGCGCCUGAACCCCGAUGCCCCGGUCUGGGUGUCCAAGCAGCGGGUGCUCUGCACUCUCAACCACCGGCUCCAGGACGUGCUCAACUAUGGCCUCUUCCAGCCGGCAUUCAAUGGCCGUGCCGGCAAGUUCCUGGAUGAGGAGAGGCUGCUCCGGGAAUACCCGCCCAACCUGGACACGCCUCUGCCGUACCUGGAGUUUCGUUACAAAAGGCGCAUCUACGCUCAGAGCCUGCUUGAUGACAAGCAGUUCGCCAAGCUGCACACGAAGGCGAAUCUGAAGAAGUUUAUGGAGUAUGUGCAGCUGCGCAGCGUGGACAAAGUCAGCCGGUUGCUGGACAAGGGGCUGGAUCCCAAUUUCCAAGACCCUGACACAGGAGAGUGUCCUCUGACGCUGGCCGCUCAGCUGCCGAACGGUGCAGAGCUGCUGAAGCUGCUGAAAAAUGGGGGGGCUCACCUCGACUUCCGCACCCGGGAGGGUCUCACUGCCCUACACGUGGCCAUCCGCUGCCGCAAUCAUGUGACGCUGCAGACUCUCCUAGACUUGGGUGCCUCCCCAGACUACAAGGACAGCCGGGGGCUGAGCCCCCUGUACCACAGUGCCAUGGUUGGGGGUGACCCCUACUGCUGUGAGCUGCUCCUGCACGACUACGCACAGCUGGGCUGUGUGGACGAGAAUGGCUGGCAGGAGAUCCACCAGGCCUGCCGCUAUGGCCACGUCCAGCACCUGGAGCACCUUCUGUUCUAUGGGGCCGACAUGCAGGCCCAGAAUGCCUCAGGGAACACUGCACUGCACAUCUGUGCCCUCUACAAUCAGGAGAGCUGUGCCCGGGUGCUCCUCUUCCGCGGAGCCAACAAAGACGUUCGCAACUCCAACAGCCAAACUGCCUUCCAGGUGGCCAUCAUUGCUGGCAAUUUUGAACUGGCUGAAAUCAUCAAAACACAUAAGGAAGCCGAUGUUGUGCCUUUCCGUGAGGUGCCAAGCUACACCCGGAGGCGCCGGCUCGUGGGCGCCAGCGGCCUUGCCUCCCCCCGCGUGCUGCAGCGCUCGGCCAGCGACAACAAUCUCAAGGGCGAGAGCCACCCACCGCACUCGCCAGUGCCCUCGCUCCGCAGCCUGCCCCACCAGUUGCUGGCCCAGAUGCAGGAAGCUGCUGUGAGGGCCGGGGCAGGUGCUGGUAGCCUGGCGAGCACGGGGGGGUCCCGAGCCCCCCACAGCCGCUCACCGUCUCUGCAGCGCUUGCAGGAGGAGAAAGAGGCCGGUGGACGCACGUUCCACAGAGACAGCUGGGGCCAGAGCAGCCCGAGCGGCGGCGGCGGCGGCGGCAGCGGCGGCGGCGAGUCCGGCCCCGGCCUUGGGCCGCUGGGCCCGGCCCCUUCCCCCGCGCCGCCCCGGGGCCCGAAGCGGAAACUUUACAGCGCCGUCCCCGGACGCAAGUUCAUCGUGGUGAAGGCGCACAGCCCGCAGGGCGACGGCGAAAUCCAGCUGCACCGCGGCGAAGCAGUCAAGGUGCUCAGCAUCGGCGAGGGCGGCUUCUGGGAAGGCUCAGUGAAAGGCCGGACAGGCUGGUUCCCAGCAGACUGCGUGGAGGAGGUGCAGAUGCGCCAGUAUGACACCCGGCAUGAAACCCGAGAGGAUCGGACCAAGCGGUUGUUCCGCCACUACACUGUGGGUUCCUACGACAGCUUUUCGUCACACAGUGACUACGUCAUCGAGGACAAGACGGCCGUGCUGCAGAAGCGGGAGCAUGAGGGCUUCGGCUUCGUGCUCCGCGGGGCCAAAGCGGAGACACCCAUCGAAGAAUUCACCCCCACGCCAGCCUUCCCGGCGCUCCAGUACCUGGAAUCGGUGGACGUGGAGGGCGUGGCCUGGCGGGCCGGGCUGAGAACAGGAGACUUCCUCAUCGAGGUGAACGGGGUGAAUGUGGUGAAGGUCGGGCACAAGCAGGUGGUGUCACUCAUCCGUCAGGGUGGGAACCACCUGCUUAUGAAGGUGGUGUCUGUCAGCCGUAAGCCAGAGUCCGAGGAGAGUGCCCGGAAGAAAGCCCCGCCGCCCCCCAAGAGGGCCCCCAGCACCACCCUAACCCUGCGCUCCAAGUCUAUGACGGCCGAGCUGGAGGAACUGGCGUCGAUGCGGAGGAGAAAAGGGGAGAAACUGGAUGAGAUUCUGGCUGCUGCAGAGCCUGCCCUGAGACCCGACCUCGCAGAAGCAGAUUCUAGAGCCGCAACGGUGAAACAGAGACCCACCAGCCGUCGCAUUACCCCGGCUGAGAUCAGUUCUCUGUUUGAGCGCCAAGGCAUGCCAGCCCAUGCGGGCACCCCACCAGGCCCUGUGGAGAAGCCCCCUGGGUCCCUGCGCAAGGGGAUUCCACGCACCAAGUCUGUGGGGGAGGAUGAGAAGCUGGUGGCGUCUCUGCUGGACGGCAAAUUUCCACGCAGCACCUCCAUGCAGGAUGCGAUUCGCGAGGGUCACGGCAUCCCGCCUCCUCCACAGACGGCCCCACCCCCUCCGCCUUCCCCUUACUACUUUGACACGGGCCCACCCCCGGCCUUCUCCCCGCCCCCGCCGCCAGGACGCCCCUACGACACCGUCCACUCCAGCUUCAAGCCUGGCCUGGAGGCCAAGCUGCACAGCCACGCGCUGCCUGCCGGGCUAGGCCCCGCCGACCUGCUGGAACCCCUGCGGGGGCCCCUCCCCCACCCCGAGCGGCAGCGACGGGCCCGCUCCAUGAUCAUCCUGCAGGACUCAGCCCACCUGCCCGUGGAGCCCACGGACAUCCCCCGGCCGGGGCCCACGGCCACGCCACCCGAGCGGCUGAAGCGCAGAGGCCGCGGGGGCGUGGACAACCCCUACGCCAACAUGGGCCCCUUCAGCGUGAGCCUGCUGGCACCCACCAAGCCGCAGCGCAAGAAGAGCCCCCUGGUGAAGCAGCUGCAGGUGGAGGAUGCCCAGGAGCGGGCAGCCCUGGCCAUCUCCGGCAGCACCGGCAGCAGCUUCACCCGGGAGCCCUCGCCCACCCGCCGGGCCCACCGCCUCAGCGGCCUAGACUAUCCCACCGGCCCGGCCCGCCGGCCCGAGUCCCCGCCCGGCCUGCCCUUCGCCGGCAUGCCGAAGGACCGCGACCGUCGCCUGGAGGAGAGGCGCAAAUCCACCGUCUUCCUGUCGGUGGGGGCCAUCGAGGGCAGCGCCCCCGGCCCCGACCUGCCCUCCCUGCAGCCGUCCCGCUCCAUCGACGAGCGUCUGCUCGGCAGCCGCGACGCCCUCCUGCCCUCCCCCGUUUCAGCCCCGAAGCCUCUGGCGAGCAGCAGCCCAGGCUCCACCUUCAUUCAUCCGCUGACCGGAAAGCCCCUGGACCCCAACUCCCCCCUGGCGCUGGCGCUGGCAGCACGGGAGCGGGCGCUGGCCUCUCAGGCCCCGUCGCGGUCCCCCACCCCCAUCCACAGCCCAGAUGCCGCAGACCGCACGGCCCCCCCAUUUGCGGACCUCCAGACCAAAGACGCCGAGCGGGCGGACCGGAGCCCCCUCAGCCCGCCCACCUUCUCUGCCCAGGGUGCGUUUGAGCCGCCUCCGGGGUCCCUGGCCCCGGCCCGGGGCCCCUGGGGGCCCCGGACCAGCCCGUCCUCCCUGCGGAAGGAGCCGGAGCCGCGGGCCGAGCGACCUGAGAGGGCCGAGCGGGCCGGGCGGGAAGAGAGGAAGCCCGAGGAGAAGAAGGCGGCAGUCAUCCUCAGCAUCAUGGACAUGUCCCAGCAGAAGACAGCCGGGCUCAUCGUGGUCCAUGCCACGAGCAAUGGCCAAGAUGUCGCCCUCGAGGUGAAGGAGGAGAAAGCGGAUCUCCCCGAGGCCCGGCCUGAAGCAGCCCCGCCGGCCUCCACGGAGGCCCCGCCCGGCCCGGCUUCUGACCGGACCCUGGGCCAGGGCAGCUCCGAGGAGGAGGCGGAGGCCUAUGCCGUGGCCCUCCCUCCGGCCCAGCUGUCAUCCAGCGACGAAGAGACGCGUGAGGAGCUGGCCAAGAUUGGGCUGGUGCCUCCCCCCGAGGAGUUUGCCAACGGGCUCCUGGUCACCAGCCCGGGCACACCCUUGGGCCAGCUGGUCCCAUCCAGUGCGCCCGCCACGGCCCCGCCAGCCCCAGGCAGCCCCGCCUCAGGGAAGAGCAGCGAAGCCCCGCCGGCCCCCGAGUCGGCUGCCGACUCAGGCGUGGAGGAGGUGGACACACGCAGCUCAAGCGACCACCACCUGGAGACCACGAGCACCAUCUCCACCGUGUCCAGCAUGUCCACCUUGUCCUCCGAGAGCGGGGAGCCCACAGACACCUACACCUCCUUCGCUGACGGCCACACUUUUCUACUCGAGAAGCCUCCAGUGCCUCCUAAGCCCAAACUCAAGUCCCAGCUCGGCAAGGGGCCGGGGAUUUUCAGGGACCCGCUGCUGAAGCAGUCUUCGGACAGCGAGCUCAUCGCUCAGCAGCAUGCAGCUGCCCUGGCCUCGGCCAGCGCUGGCCGGCCACGCUACCUCUUCCAGAGAAGGUCCAAGCUUUGGGGGGACCCCGUGGAGAGCCGGCCGCUCCCCGGAGCCGCCGACGACAAGCCGACGGUGAUCGAGCUCGGCUCCCGCCUGCAGCAGCUCAACAAGGACACACGCUCCCUGGGGGAGGAGCCGGCGGGCGGGGUGCUGGACCCGGCCAAGAAGUCACCUGUGGUGGCCGCACGACUCUUCAGUAGCCUAGGCGAGCUGAGCACCAUCUCGCAGCGCAGCGCGGCGAGCGCCUCCUUCACCGUGCGGCCGGGCAGCCGCUACCCUGUGGCCCGCCGGACGCCCAGCCCCGUGAAGCCGCCCCUGGAGCGAGCGGAGCCGCUGGGCGCCGGGCGGCCGUUCGGCCUCACGCCCCCUACCAUCCUCAAGUCGUCCAGCCUGUCCAUCCCCCACGAGCCCAAGGAGGUGCGGUUCGUGGUGCGCAGCGUGAGCGCCCGCAGCCGCUCGCCCUCGCCCUCGCCCGGCCCGGCCCUGCACGGCCCGCGGCCGUUCCAGCAGAAGCCGCUGCAGCUCUGGAGCAAGUUCGACGUGGGCGACUGGCUGGACAGUAUCCACCUGGGCGAGCACCGCGACCGCUUCGAGGACCACGAGAUCGAGGGCCCGCACCUGCCCGCCCUCACCAAGGACGACUUCGUGGAGCUGGGGGUCACCCGCGUGGGCCACCGCAUGAACAUCGAGCGGGCCCUGAAGCAGCUGGCCGACAGCUGACCCGCCGGCCCGGGCCCUCCGGAGCGCCCGCCCGCCCUGCCGGCAGGGCC